AUGACACUGUUGAUGCUUGUAUUUUGCCUUUUGACAACUAAAGCACAUUGCAAUCCACCACAAAAUGGUGUUGUGUAUACUCCAACAAAAGAAGCAUAUGGCGAAGGAGAGAUAGUACAGGUCACAUGCAGCAAUUCAACGUCAGAAAAAAUAAAUGUUACAUGUAAACCCUCUGGUCAUGGAAGUGAUUGGUUUCCAAAACUUCCGACGUGUGGUUUCCAAGUCGAGAUGUUGGUCGCCAUUAUAGUACCAUCCAUCCUUGUUAUUGGAGGUGUAAUCAUCGCUGUAUAUGCUUGGAGAAAGAAACGGAAAAGCACAACAGAGAGAUCGAAGAAAAAUACAGAAACACAUGAAAUGAAAGACAUGGCCGUUGUUAAUGAAACAUCAAGAAAACCAUUACUUUCCGAUCUGCAACAAACACCUGCAACAACAGAUGAAGAAGAUAACAACAAACGCAAAGGUGUAAAAAGCAAACCUCCCAAGGAUGAUGGAAAACAAAUACCGACGGAGCAAGGUGCCUACAAGCAUCUCAAUGACCACGAACGUAAAGGUGCAACAAGCAAACUUCCAAAGGUUGCUAGACAACAAAAACGGCCAGGGCAAAAUGAGAUGAAAGAUAGUGCCGACCAAAUCGAUGAUUCUCUAGACGAUAUAUUAUUGCUGAGCAUCGGUAAGAGGAUUACUAACAGCCUUGUAGAUAUGGCAGUCCAGCUUAAGCUAGGCAAUGAAGUUGUCGAUAACAUUAUGGCAAGCAACCAACGUGUUUCUAGCUAUUGGGGGUACCAGUUAUUAACGACGUGGCAUCAAAGUACUGAAGUUCCCAAUAAAAGGCGUGUACUUGCAACUGCACUAAGGGGUAUAGGACGAACCGACCUUGCACAAGAGGUGGAAAAAUAUAAAUCUCUUAAAAUUGAGUUGAAUAGGAGCGGAUCUCUGUGAACCAAUCUUGUGAUAAACGAAAAUAUGUUAAUUAUGUGCCCAAAAAGUGACAGGACCUCUUUUCACUCUUCAAGUCAACUAUGCCACUGCUUCCAAACAACAGAAGCCCGGGUUUUCGAAGCCUUUAAGAAAAUGAUCUUUGCAAUAUACGUUUAAUGAAAUAGAAUAGCAGUUUGAGCGACGCCAUAAUACUAAUGGCUGAUAAAGUUUUAUUCUUUUUGGGAUUAGGAACGUUUUUAAAAUGGAGGUACUUUUGAUGAACUUUUCUUUAUUAUGAUCAUUUCGAUUC